UAGCAAUUAGACCAGAGCCUCGACAACAACUCGUCAGGAUUUUGGGCAGAAAGCUUUGCCUAGUUUGACCAUGGAGAUUGUUAACAUCUGCAUAAGCUUACAGUUUUUAUUUUGUAUUGUCCUUUUGAGAAUUGCGUUUGGAUUUUCAUUGUCUCUGGUUGAGCAAUGCAACGUCAGUCAAAAUGAAAAGUUGCUGUGUGGUGACUAUGAUAUCUCUAGAGCUGAUUGUGAAGCUAAGAGCUGCUGCUUUGAAGAACAGCAGUGCUAUUACGGGAAUACAGUGACUGUCCAGUGCACCAGAGAUGGUCAGUUUGUGGUUGUGGUGGCUAGAGAUGUCACCGUACCCCAUCUAGCCCUUUCCUCUGUCAGUCUGCUGGGGGGGAGGGAUUCACCCUGCAGCCCUGUCAGCACCACUGCUGCCUUUGCCAUAUUCCAGUUCCCAGUCACUGCCUGUGGCACUAGACUGAAGGCUGAAGAGGGCUAUGUAGUGUAUGAAAAUGAGAUGUCCUCCACAUAUGACCUUGUGGCCGGACGUUUCGGCUCUAUCACAAGGGACAGUUUGUACAAGCUGCUCUUUCAGUGUUGGUAUUUGGGCAGUGACUUUGUUCCACUGGUGGCUGAAGUUGGCACAGUUGCCCCACCACCUCCAGUAGUGGCCCCUGGGCCUCUUCGUGUAGAGCUCAGGUUGGCAAGAGAUUCUGAGUAUGACUCCUAUUAUGGUGAGAUGGACUACCCUGUUACCAAAGUCAUGCGGCAGCCUGUGUUUGUGGAAGUACGUGUCUUGGAGAGGACAGACCCCAACAUUGCGCUGUCUCUGGGAGACUGCUGGGCAACUUCCACCCCCAGUCCUAACAGUGCGCAAGAGUGGACCCUUCUGGUUAAUGGGUGUCCAUACAAAGAUGACAAUCAUAUGACGACAUUAGUCCCAGUGCAUGGUUCCUCUGGACUCCCAAACCCAACCCACUACAAACGGUUCAUUGUCCAUAUGUUCACAUUCGUGGAUGCUGAUGACCUGAUCCACCUCAAAGAGAGAGUGUUCAUCCACUGUAGUGCUGCAGUCUGCCACCGUUCUGCUUUAGAAAGCAGUGAAGAGAGAUGCAACAGGCAAAGGAGAGAUGUUGCUGAAGCACAGAAAGGCCCUUCCAUGCAAACUGUGGUCGUUUCCAGUGGGGAAAUGAUCCUGUCUGGCCCAGACCUCUCCACUUCAAACAAUGUUCAAAACAGUUCUGACAAUAAAGGAAAAGAUGACACCAUAGUGCAGGACUCUAUGGAAAAGGCAGAGGUUUCUAGCUGGGAAAUGAUGCUUACUGAACCAACGCUUACAGUGUCAGACUUCAGGAAAUCUGACCGUGCAGAUCUCCAGUCUUUCAGCUAUGGCUUCCUAGGACUUGCUGCAUCUACUGUAGUCAUUGUCUGUGCUGUCAUGGUUGCUGUGUGGAGAUCAAAGGCUUUGCUGAAAUAUGACUGUAAUUUGUAAGACUCUUGACUUGAAAUAAAACACAGCAGAUUCUUGCUAA